AUGCCCCAUGCACUGCUCCAAGUCGACCUCUUGCACCUCAUUGCGCGGUACCUACCGACGCGCGAUGCGUUCCUGUCGUUCAUACGCGCCCUGCCACACGACUGCUUGGGCUACCCGCUCCAGUGCUGGCGCGAGCUAUCGACGCGCAUGCCACUGGACGAGCUCUGGCCGCGGCUCCAGCUGCCCGCGCGCCUGCGAGACGACGACAUUGCGCUCUUCCGCGGUGCGUCGCUUGUCUUUUCACAUGUUGUCCUCUCGCAGCCGUUCGACCUCGCGCUCUUGCGGCGCUGUGUCCAGCCACACGCGCAGCUCCAGCUGCUCGCGUCGAGCCUUCCGCCCGCGCCGACGCCCGCCUGGUACAAUGCGCUCGCAACGUUCUCCAUCGCGUCCUUGCAAGGUGCUCGCCGCAGCUGCGACGGCCUCGCAUCGGCGCUGCCGUUGUUCGACGCUCUCUGUGCACUUGACCUUGGCCGCACCGAGCCCAUGACCAAGAAGCAGCAAGGCCACUUGGUGACCGCGCUCGAGACGGCGCUUCCGGCCCUCUUGUCGCUGCGAUUGCGCCAUGACGAGCUAGCAAAGGAAACACUCGGCGCAUUGACGGCCUGGAUCGCGACGCGUCCCGUACGUGGCGUGGGGCUUGUGGGCUCUGGCGACGCCGCGCCGCGCGCACUGUGCGCCGCACUGCACGCCAGCAAUACACUGCACGUACUUGAUGUCGAACAGAGUCCAUUGGGGCUCAAGAUCUGCCGCGACGUAUCGCCCGGCCAUUGGCCGACCUUGACGGUCCUUCGACUCUCCGCGUGCGCGCUCACGGCCCGCAACGUCAAGAAGCUUUUGCCGGGUCUUCCGACGCAGUCACUUCGCAAGCUCGACCUCGUGCACUACUUGCACUUGGCCAACGCGGGGUUGACGCCCAAGGGACUCUUGGCACUCGCUUCGAUGCUGCGCCGGCCCUCGCGCCUCACGACGUUGUACUUGGAGAACGAGGCCAUCGACGAUCGGAGCCUCGCGCGGUUUGUGAAGCUCAUUGCGCAGUCGCCGACGUUGCAGUAUGUAGCGCUGUGGCACAUGGUCGUCGGCGUUGAGAGCGCCAUGGACAUGGUCGAAGCGCUCUACCACAACCAGAAGCUCGAGGUCGUGCUCUUGGGCUCGAGCGCACUCUCGGCCCGCGCUGCGCAGAUCGUCGACUCGUGCUACGGCGUGCGUGCGACGCGCUUCUUUGUUACGGCGCCGCCGCUCGCGUCCACGCCGCUAAACAUUCCUGUUCUGCAAGCGGCGCUGGACAGUGCAGUGAACCAACGCAAGCGGUCACUGCCGUCGUGUGCGUGGGCCCACGACUAA